AUGGAGCGCUCACAGAGCCGCCUCAGCCUGUCCGCCUCCUUCGAGGCGCUCGCCAUCUACUUCCCGUGCAUGAACUCCUUCGAUGAUGAGGACGCAGAGGGGGACAGCCGGAGGCUGAAGGGUGCCAUUCAGAGGAGCACAGAGACGGGACUGGCCGUGGAGAUGCCCAGCCGGACGCUUCGCCAAGCCAGCCAUGAGUCCAUCGAGGACAGCAUGAACAGCUAUGGCUCAGAGGGCAAUCUUAACUAUGGAGGUGUUUGCCUGGCUUCAGAUGCCCAGUUCAGUGACUUCCUAGGAAGCAUGGGGCCAGCACAGUUUGUGGGCCGCCAGACCCUGGCUACCACACCCAUGGGGGAUGUGGAGAUUGGCUUGCAAGAGCGGAAUGGCCAGCUGGAGGUGGAUAUCAUCCAGGCUCGGGGACUGACUGCCAAGCCAGGCUCCAAGACACUGCCAGCUGCCUAUAUUAAGGCCUAUCUGCUGGAGAAUGGUGUCUGCAUUGCCAAGAAGAAGACCAAAGUGGCCCGCAAGUCACUGGACCCACUGUAUAACCAGGUGCUGCUGUUUCCUGAGAGUCCCCAGGGCAAAGUCCUGCAGGUGAUUGUAUGGGGCAACUACGGGCGGAUGGAGCGGAAGCAGUUCAUGGGCGUGGCUCGAGUGCUGCUGGAGGAGCUGGACUUGACCACCCUGGCCGUGGGCUGGUACAAGCUCUUCCCCACCUCCUCCAUGGUGGACCCAGCCACAGGUCCUCUGCUCCGGCAGGCAUCCCAGCUGUCCCUUGAGAGCACCGUGGGGCCCUGUGGCGAGCGAUCUUAA